AUGAACUUCCUCUUCGUAGCCCUCACAGUCCUCUUGGCCGCCGUGGGAUACCGAGGAUACCUUUCCCUGGAAGAAAACCUCGAAUCAUUCUUCAUCUUCAACCCGGACCAGCUGAAGCAAAUCUCAUCCGCAGCCCUCGAACAACAUGGCAACAACACCGAGGCGGUAGUCUCGCACAUCGUGGCGAGUCUGCAGCAGAUCGACAGCGUGAAAAAUCACAUCAAUCUCGAGCAGGAAUGGGUCUUCAACAAUGCCGGAGGAGCGAUGGGCGCCAUGUAUAUUAUCCACGCCAGCAUAACAGAAUACCUCAUAAUCUUCGGCACCGCCCUAGGAACCGAAGGCCACACAGGCCGGCACACAGCCGACGACUACUUCUACAUCCUCAAAGGCGCCGAGCUCGCCUUCGUGCCCGGGCAAUUCGAGCCGGAAGUCUAUCCCGUCGGCUCCGUGCACCACCUGCACCGUGGCGAUGUCAAGCAGUACAAGAUGGAGAGCGCGUGUUUCGCGCUCGAGUAUGCGAGGGGCUGGAUCCCGCCCAUGUUGCCGUUUGGGUAUGCGGAUACGUUUUCGAGUACGUUUGAUUUUCCGACGUUGUGGGCGACGACGAGGAUUACGGGGAGGGAGAUGAUUGCGAAUUUGGUGAAGGGGAAGUUGUAG